UUUUUGUGGCGUAAUUAUAUUUUGGAAAUUUUUUCCAUUGUGUACUUGAGAUUUUUUUUUACUUUAACUUAUGUUAACAUUUUUUCAAUAAAAGUCCUGAUUUAUUUAGAUUUAUAUAAAAUUAUGGAGGUCACUUCAGAUGAUUUAAAAUUUCCAAAGGCUAUUGUCGCCAGAAUAAUCAAAGAUGCCUUGCCAGAAAAUGCUAUUGUUUCUAAUGAAGCAAAAAAUGCAAUUGCAAGGAGCGCAGCUAUAUUUAUUUUGCAUGCUACUUCUUUGGCUAAUGAUAACGCACAUUCAAAGAAACGUAAAAAUGUAACUGCCGAAGAUGUCCUUUACGCAGUCAGGCAAUUGGAAUGUUCAGAGCUUGAAAGUCCGAUACUUGAGGGCUUACAAAUUUAUCGACAAAAGAAGGAUGAGCGUUUGCAGCUCCGUAAGGAUCGAAUUGCUAGCAAAAAAGCUGCUGAUGCUUCUCAAGGAAGUGAUAAAGAAAAAGAGCGUAAAACAGACGAUGAAAAGGAAGGAGAAGAGAGUGAUGAUGAUAUUAUUGAACUUGAUGAAUGA